UACAUGCCACUAAGGUGGCGCCCUAUUGCGGUGAACAUCGAAACCAAGACCCCAGACGGGUCGUCUCAGGAGGGCAUGGCACAGUUGUCCGUGUGGGCGGCUACGCAUUUUGAGAGGUUACGGGCGCUGAAAAAGAGCAAGGCGGCGAUCCUUGGAGAGUCGCAGAAAGAGGAAGCUCUUUCCACGGCGCUACCUCUUUUACUCAUUCAGGGUUCAACUUGGAGCCUGUUCUUUGCUGUUGAUGGUACUGACCGAAUUGAUAUCUUCAACGGAAUUGUAAUUGGCGAUACUGCGACAAUACUUGGCUGUUACAAGGUUGUGGCUGCUUUGCGGGAGUUGGCAACAUGGAGUGAAACUACUUUUCGGACAUGGCUA